GAUGAUUCGCAAAGCUCUGAAAAAUGAGGUGAAUGUCAUGAUUAAAAGUUCCCCAGUUGACUUGGUGACGGUUACCCACCAGAAAGUUGAAAAAAUGCUUCUCUCGUCUAUAAAGGAAAAGUACCCAUCUCACAGUUUCAUUGGGGAAGAGUCUGUGGCGGCUGGGGAAAAGACUGUCUUCACAGACAAGCCCACGUGGAUCAUUGACCCCAUCGAUGGGACGACGAACUUUGUACACAGGUUCCCUUUUGUAGCUGUUUCCAUUGGCUUCAUUGUAAAUAAACAGAUGGAGUUUGGAGUUGUGUAUAGCUGUGUGGAGGACAAGAUGUACACUGGCAGGAAAGGAAAAGGAGCCUUUUGUAACGGCCAGAGGCUUCAGGUCUCACAACAGGAAGACAUCUCCAAAUCCCUCUUGGUGACUGAGUUGGGCUCAUCCCGGAAGCUGGAAACUUUACGCAUCGUCCUCUCCAACAUGGAAAAGCUUUGCUCCAUCCCUAUCCAUGGGCGGACCAUUUGAUUUGAUGUCUCGGAGAAUAAUUGCUGCAAAUAACAAAGUAUUAGCCGAAAGGAUAGCCAAGGAAAUUGAGAUAAUACCUUUACAAAGAGACGACGAAAGUUAGUUGGCACAGGAC